AUGCACGAGGACCUCAGUGCCCCGAGGUUGCAAGCAUGCCUGGUCAACAUUGCCAAGAUGAAUUGGCCGCUUUUGGGAGUCUUCCUACUGGCACUAGUUUUGGGACCGUGCCACGCGAACAGGAAGUACAACGUCAGUUUCGCUGAGUUGCAUAAAUGCAAACAGUAUAAUGCCAUCAGCGGAUACAAUUAUCGAGCAUUCUUCAAAAUACACGCCCUGGAUAAUCAUCGCCUCAGUAAUGAAACGGAUACGAUCAUCGAUUUGUUCUUGUACGUGAUGGGGUCUCGCGAUGGUCAUAUCUUGUUGACUCAGGAAGCUAAAGUAACGGCAGUGGCACUAGAGAUAGUGCUUGGCGGUGGUGCGAACGCGUUCUCGCAAAUUCGGUCAGGCCAGAAAGGACUUGCAGUGAAGACAAAGUCAACUGUUUCGCUCCUAUCCCCAAUCGAUCCACUGCCGGUGCGUGUCAAUGUCGGCGCCAAUGGGCAGAUUAAAGUAUACGCCGGAAACCUCUCUUCGGAACCAUUGAUGGAGACGUUGAUAUCCAAUAUGAACGUGACAUCUCUGAAGUACGUCAGCUUCACAACCUGGAGCACGGCCAUAGCGGCGUGGUUCUACGAUUGCCCUGAUCCGUCCUCCACCACGAACAUCACCAACGGCACGAUUGUCGAAGGCAACGAGCUGGAGUUAUUGAUCGAUGACAAGGAUCGACUCAAGCAGAACUUCCUUAACGCUUCGCCUCAACUUGAUCCUCCGGAAAACUUUACCGGCGUUGUGGUGUCACAGUUAUACGUGGCUGGAUUCAGCUACGAUCAAACCACCAGCCUGAUCGAGCUGUCCGGGACGAUGCGGAUGUCCUGGAAAGAUCCACGCUACAGCUGGAACGCCUCGGACUACAACGGCACUCAUGUCCUUGGGGAUGUUUGUAACGCCAUCUGGGUGCCCAGCUUCGACCCUACGAGUCUCUUCACGGGACCCUUCUCGUUCUGCAUCGUCCUUGACGACGGCACCGUACUGACGGUGAUCGAGCAGUUCAGGUGGGUAAAUUUUUGUGGCAUUUUAGAGAGCUACCGAUGGCCGUACGACAGCAAUACCUGCCAGCUGCGCCUGGCUGCGUUAGGAUACGAGCGAACUGUCCCCCUGUGGCUGGCCAAUCAGACGGUGACAUAUCAUGCUGAGUUCGAGCAGUCUCAGUGGACCCUAAAACAACUAGCGAAACACGAGGAGCACUCCGAAACACUGUAUGGGAUCGUUCCAGUGCUGGGACUGCACAUUAUGAUGGACCGGAAAAGUGAAAUACAUUCUUCAUCGAUAUACCCGACAUACUUCGUGGCUAACUUGCUGAUAUGCAUUUCCUUCCUGACGGAGGGUCGUUCACGAUUGUUACUGAACUCGCUUGGUCUGAUUGUGUUGCUUCACUCGUUUUUGAACUUAUCCACCGUUGUUCCGCCUGGAGGGAUACCAAAAAUAUACAUCUUCUUCCAAUGGACACUGGUGUUCUACGUGGUUUCAUCGGUUUUCUUUGUAAUUGACCUUUGGCUGAAGCGAUCCCGGGCUACACUGGCACCAGGAUCGUGGUUGAAUCGUGUCAUCAGCUUCCCAGCUCUUCGCUAUGCACUCGCCAUGGAUCAGCGUAGCAAUUACAAUACCCUCGAGCACAAGAACGUCCGGUGGGACGAAGUGACGUGUGUACUGAACCGGAUUAUGCUGGUUGUAGUAGUGAUUUUCUUCUCUAUCGGCUACACAAAACCGUAG